UCCCUCCAAUAUAGCAGAGUGGGCUCUAUCAGAAAUGCUGAACCAACCUGAGAUGCUUACAAAAGCACAAGAGGAACUAAAUAGGAUAGUGGGAAUUGACAUGCUUGUUCAAGAAUCUCAUAUCCGGCAUCUCCCUUACAUAAGGGCUUGUGCAAGAGAAUCGCUCAGGCUGCAUCCAGUUGCACCAUUCAAUGUUCCCCAUUUUUCCACUGCUGAUGCUAUAGUAGCAGGCUACUUCAUCCCAAAGGGCAGUAGUGUUCUUCUAAGUCGUUUAGGCCUCGGACGCAACCCCAAAGUCUGGGAAAACCCGUUGAGAUUCGACCCCGAGCGUCAUCUAAGUGGAGAUGCCAGUCAACAAGUAGAGCUGGAAGAACGUGAUCUGAGGUUCAUUUCAUUUACUACUGGAAGGAGAGGUUGCAUUGGUGGUACGCUUGGGACUACCAUAACUGUGAUGCUCCUUGCUAGGCUUCUUCAAGGGUUUACAUGGAGCAUGCCACCCAAGGUGGAUAAGAUUGACCUCACUGAGGCUCCAACCCUUUUCAAGCUCAAUCCAUUGCAUGCACAUGCUAAACCUCGCUUGCCUGCUGCUAUGUACCCGAUUUAGCUGUUCCAGAGUAAACCACAUAUAAAACCCUUGGCUAGUUGCUUAAUAAAGCCUUAUUAAGAAUAUGAUCACUAUGAUCAAGCUGUACGUACUAGCUAGGAAGCUAGCUAUUCCAUCAUUUUGCAUGCUAUGACGAAUUAGCUCAGAUACUCUGGCCAUGCCAGAGGCUAGCUUCGAUCAUUUUGCAUUGAUGUAUGGGAUUUAGGUAAGCUUGCUUAUAUAGAUAAAUAAUAUUCGGCCUUAUGCUUUCUACAACUAAUGUCUACGUUUAUUUACAAUCGCGUUAGGAAAACUCCAAAGAGUCUUCUUUUGGGGUCUCAAACUAUAUUUGAGCGCGUUGCAGUACUAUUCACAGAUCUAUAAUUUUUCUUCUCCAAUAGGGUGCUAUUUUUUUUUUCUUCCAGUCAUGCUAAAUUCUAAUGUUAAUUGAAGGAGGUAUAUAUUUGUAGAGUUGCAAAAUGAUUACAGUAAGGUAAUAUUAAGUUUGUUGCCAAGCUCUUUGUAAUAUAGACCAAUUUGGUCUGCCAAAAUUUCAUUUUCGUGAUUGGUGUUCGUUUAAUUUUGUGUUUGUUUGACAUAUGGCCUUGUUCUUCUUCUCUUGUAAUUUUCAUUCUUAUUUAUUCUACGAGUUAAGGAGGCUCUUUGCAUCGCUUAGCUUAUG